AUGAUUAUAGAUGAUAAUGUAGCAAAGAGAACCUUUAUAAAUAGCCAAAGGGGCUAUGGAAUUGUCUUUAAGAAGGAUCUAGAAGCUGAUGGAUUUCAGUUGAUCGAGAAACCGCUAUUGUCGUUUUUGCACUUUUACUCAAAGAAAUGUUCAUUAAUCUGUGAUUGUUGUCACAGGGGAGUAGGUUCGCUUUUGGACAAUAUAAAUCAUAUUUUGGAAAUAACAAGGAGAAAUAUUGACCCUAAAAUUGAAGAUAUUCUAUUGAGAAAUGACAUAUUCAACCAGAAUUUAUAUGGUCAUCCAUACAUUAAAUGCCCAUUCAAUUGUGGCACAGUGUAUUGCAGUAAGAAAUGUCUAGACUCAUCAAACGGAGUGCAUUCGUUGCUAUGCGGUAAUAUUGACUAUAUUACGCAGGAGAAGUGGUCGUUGUUUAAAAGACAUGCCAUAAAGAACCAUGAGAAUUUUUACUUUGCCGGUUUAGUCUAUGUUAGAAUAAUUUUCGACGCAAUAAACGGGAAACCUAUUAAAGUAUGGCUUGAUAAACUGGCGGAAUUUUAUAGCAAACCAUGGGAUACACUCUCUUCAUCUUUGGAAUGCACAGAUUAUCCGCCAAAAAAUCGUCUAGAACUCGUUAUUGAGUCAUUUCAGCUUCUUGGAGCCGCCUUGAAACACUUUGAAGAGGAUCUUGAGGAUUCUGGAAAAGAGGAACUUUUUUCCAUAGGCUUUUAUCUUCGCUUAUUGGGAACAAUGGACCUAGUUUGCGUAGAUAUUGAGAUUCCAAGUCCACUAAAUAAAAUUAUUCUUGACCUUUACAACAGAAAUCGCGAAGAGAUACAAGCUAUUUUACAUGAACUUCAAAAUGUAAUCGCCAUAAUAAGGGGUGAAACAAUUAGUAUGAACGAGAUUGAGAAGUGUAUAGAAUCAAUGGAGCUAUUCCCGGACAUUAUCGGACUAGGAAUCUUCGACAAUAUCUCCAAAAUGAACCAUUCAUGCAGGCCUAACGUUGAAAUAGACUAUGUGGACGACAAUACUGCUAGAAUUAAUCUUCUUUGCAACAUCUCCGCCGGUCAAGAGGCUACGAUAUCGUAUAUUAAUGAGGAGGAUGUCUUUGAGAUUCGCCAGAAAAAGUUGAGCACGAACUAUGGAUUCCAAUGUGACUGUAACAAAUGUCUGGAAGAAGAAUCACAAGGCGCCAAAUCAAAUCCGUAAAUCGCACAUUAAGUAA